UCGAGGGAGAGGGUGCGGUCAAAUAUUACUCCAAGGUUGCGUGCCUGGGUGGAUGGGGAAACAGGGGUUUCAUCGAUGCUACCUGGGUCGGAGGAGGCUUCAUUGUUGGAACAGCUGAGAUGGUGUACCUGCCAUCUAUGGGUCUAACCUGGGCAAUCCUGGUGCUGUCGGCAUACAGCUCAUCUUUUAUUAUUUGUGGCUUGGUGUUUGUAAAGCCGAUGAGAGACAGAAACUGUGUGACGUUGCUGGACCCCUUCAAUGCCAAGUAUGGAAAAGUAGUAACUGCUGCACUGUCCCUGGCUUCAAUUGGUUUGGAUAUUGUCUGGUUACCCGCCAUACUAAUUGGUUUAGGAGGAACCAUGAGUGUGGUCCUGGAUAUUCCCUUCAGUGUGUGCGUAUGGAUCUCUGCUGCCGUCGCCAUUAUCUACACUCUGCUGGGGGGUCUCUACUCGGUGGCCUACACAGAUAUUGUACAGCUUAUCCUCUUAUUCAUCAGCUUGUGGAUCUGUGUUCCCUUUGCUCUGAUGAACCCCCACGUUUCGGCCAUUAGUCAGACACUGAUGAACAACACCCUUCACGCUCCCUGGAUAGGAGCACCAGAGCUGAAAAAGUCCUGGCUACUGAUGGACGAUUUUUUACUAAUGGCCCUGGGGAGUCUGGGAUAUCAGUGCCUUCAUCAGAGGACUUUGUCGGCAUCGUCCACAUCAACAGCCAAGACCACUUGCUAUGUUUCGGCUUUCUUCCUGCCUAUUUUGGGGAUUCCUUCAGUACUUUUUGGGGCAGUUGCUGCCUCCACAGACUGGAACAUGACUUCGUACGGUUCUCCGUCUCCAUAUGAACGUGGGGAAUCAGCUCUAGUUCUGCCCCUCAGCCUCCAACAUCUCACCCCAUCCUUCAUCUCCAUCAUCGGUAUUGGAGCUGUGGCCGCCGCCUCGAUGUCGUCACUCGACUCUCUUCUGCUUUCUGCAGCUUCUGUCUUCACCUCCAACAUAUACAAGAACGUCCUGAGACCCCAG